CCAUCCCUCCUCAGUCUGUCUGCAUCCUCUGCCCCUUUAACGGCUCCGGGAAGCGGAGCAGGAUGGCGGGAGCGCGGCGGCUGCAGUAAGAUGCUCUCCGGGAGCUGGAGCCGCAUCCCGCAGGCCGAUCACCUCCACAGCUCCUCCCCCCGCAAGGACAGCGGGCCCCCGGUCCCCUCCGCGUCCUCGGACACCGCCCGCAGCAUGACGUCCGGGGAGCUGAUGCAGAGCGCGCCGCUCUUCGCGCACAGAUCCACGCGCCGCGCGCUGUACAAGGCGCUGUGCUUCCUCCUCCUCAUCCUCCAGGGCGGGGUCCUGGACUUCUACCUGAUCUUCACCGACCUGUACCGCUGCUCCUGGAUCGCCACGGACCUGGUGGUCAUCUCCGGCUGGGGCGUCUUCUUCGUGAAGAACGCGCGCAGCCGGCGGGAGCGCGCCUGCGGCUUCCACCAGAAGAGCUCCAUGUUCGGCUGCAACCUGGGCGAGUUCACCUACGCCUACCUGGCCUGGCUCAUCUACGUCAUCGCCUACACGCCCAAGGUGGUGCUGAUCCUGGAGACGUCCGUCCUGGAGCUGGUCGCCCUGAAGGUGCCGUGCGGCGUGACCGGCUUCAAGGUGGCGGCGCUGCUGUCCGCGCCGCUGCUCUUCUGCCUCAUCGGCUCCGUGGUGCUGGACCUGAACGGCUCCACGCGCCACCGCGCGCACAGCUGCUUCCUGAGCACGUGCCUGGACCUGCUGGACAGCUUCACGCUGGUGGAGAUGCUGCUCCGGAACGAGGUGCCGUCCGCGUACCUGAAGUACGCCGUGCUGGCGGCGUUCUUCGCGGCGCUGGCGGCGCCGGUGCUCUGGCUGUACGAGCUGACGGCGGCGGAGCUGCGCUGCGCGUGGCUGUGCGCGCGCUUCGCCACGGGCCUGCUGGUCAACGCGCCGCUGCUGGCGGUCAGGUGCUUCCUGGUGUUCGUGCACCGCGUGCCCGUGUCGGUGUUCAUGCUGAAGAACGUCUUCUUCCUGGCGUGCAGGACGCUGGAGCUCGUGGAGCAGUGCGCGGCGGUGCGCGGCGUGCGCAGGCUGGCGGGCGGAACCGAGCCGGCCCAGUUCUCCCACUGCGUGUCCGAGAACGACAUGUGCCCGCACGGGUACGUCAACACUCUGGCGGUCAGCCAGUCGUGAAGACGAAGGUUACGGACGCGGGAGUCUGUCUUUCCAAACCACGGCCCGCGGGCCGAAUGCGGCCCGACUCCCCAAACAUUGUCAGUGAUACAUUUUUUUUUUUUACUCAAUCUGACCGAUCAAGAACCACAUAGAACCUGACUUUUAUUCCACCCUCCUUCGGUCUGAACUAUGACGGGAUAGAAUAUUUAAUGGUUUAAUUAAAAAAAAUAUUUAGUAUAAUUUCUGUGAAGAUUACACAAGUCAAUUAUCUAAAAUUUGGCUCUAAGUAGCUCUUUGGAAAACCAUAAAUGUUUACAUUUUUGCUAAGGAUCCUCAAACUGCGGCCCACGGGCCGGACCCGGCCCUCCAACACAUUUGACCCGGCCCCCAAACACUAUCAGACAGAGAGAUUCUGGAGUGUGAACUGUGACGGAAAAGGAGAGACUAUUCAUUAGUUUAGUUUUUAAAAUGUUUUAGUUUUGUUUUUGAGAAGCUGGUCAUACACCAGAAUCAAUCUCUAGCCGGAAGCGGGAACUUUAACCGGUUGUGUAACCGGAAAUGUCCUAAACGUUAGGAAACCCCCCUUUAAAAAUGAUAUUCUAAAAACUUUCAAGAACUAUCUGCUUUUAAAUGUGAAUAAACUGCAACUAUCUAGCAGUUUAAAGUACAAGAUGAGCUUCAAAUGGGACAGAGAAUCUUAAUGGUUUUAUUUAUUUCAAGUCAAAAUGAACAAGUUCAGAUUUGUAGAACUACACCUGUUCACCUCUGGAGAAAAAGACGAAGAAAUGCAGUUUUUUUUCUCUGUGUGUCAGAGAAAAAACUACAAAAAAGGUUGAAUAAAGAGAGAAGAAACGGAGGUUCUGGUUGAGGACUUCCAGCCAAUGAUUUCAGGCAACAUAUUGUUUCCCUGGUUGUUUGGACUCCCCGUUUGCUUCAGUCACGACCCUCCUCAGCAGUCUGGGUUCCUCUUGUUAAUCUCUCCACGUGGUUUUCCCCCUGAGGUUCCUCUGGAUCAGACAAAGAACAUUGUUCUUCAGAUUUCUCCUCUGAACUGAAUGACCAGGACGUUCGUCUCUUUAGUCGGAUCUUUGUUGGAUAGAGGCGUUCUAGGAUCCACAUCAGUGGGUCUUUAUCAGCAGAAGGGGCGGAGCUUGAACAUUUUAUACAAGGGGGGAGGAGACUUUGAAAAAGAGAACAGUGGAAUGAAAGGGUUGAAGGUUUAGCUCUUUAAUUUAAAUGAAUGUUUUUGUUAUUUUUGUGAUGCUUAAAGAAGCAUUGAGCAUGAGGAUUUCUGGAUCUUCGUCGACUCAAAUUAUUUCAUUGCUCCGCCCCUAAUCAGCAAAUGAAAAACUUUAAUUUUGUAUGUGUAAAUCCAAACUGACUGCAGAAAGGACCGGCCUGCUGUUCUCCCAGCAUGCACCAGUGCUGGACUCAGUUGGACGUUUGGUUUUUUUAGCACCUUCUCCACUCCUGAUGGAUCCUAAAAGAUGUUUGGAUUCUGGGUCAAAAAAGCCUUUAGCUUGUUACCUUUAGUGCUUUAGAUUGAGCUCAAACAGCUGAAACUAUGUUAUGUUUUUAACUUUUCAACCCUUAACAAAGUCAACGUCAUUCCAGCAGAUUUUGAAGGAGAAAGGCGUCUCAUCGAGUACACAGCUGUGUGUCUACAGGUGUGUGUCUACAGGUGUGUGUCUACAGGUGUGUGUAUACAAGUGUAUACAGGUGUGAAUACAGCUGUGCAUACAGGUGUGUGUAUAAAAGUGUGUGUGUGUGUGUAUACAUGUGUGUGUGUAUACAUGUGUUUGUGUUUCAGCAGUGAGCAGGAUCCUCCGCUCUCUUCUCUGCUUUUGCCUUCAGCUUCAUUUUGAUCUUUUUGGAGUUUUUGUCUCAAACCUUCUCUAAAGCUUUAUGUUGCUGCAGUUUUUUGCACAACAAAACCUCAGAAAAAGUCUACAAGCUGCUGAAUGUUUUGGACCUGAGCACUUCGGUCCUGCAUGGAUAUCAGCAGAACUCCUCAUGACCCGGUUCCUGGUUUGGACUCAGAUCUUCUGCAGGAAGUUCCUUCAUGUCUGGCAGCUUCUGUUGACUUUCAUCCAACGGUUGAAUACUUUCCUCGGUGCUGCUGUCAGACUGUUCCUACACUUUAAAUGUUUGAUGUAGAGUUCUGUGGAACGUGGACGCUGGAGAAAACAUCCGUCAGCAUCAGGACGUCUCUGCAGACCCGGAGACGUCCCACUUCAUCAUCGUGGUGUUCAGAAACAUUAGAAGCUGUGAAUGAUGCUUUUUUCAGGAAAACUGUGUUUACCAUCUUCCAACAACCUCCAGAAGCACAUCAGAUGGAGAACUGCACUGAGGUUUCCUCCAGACCCUCGUGAACCCCGAUGGGACUCUGUCUCCUCCUGCCUUUGUCUUCAUGAUGGUUUCCUGUCACCUUUGGCAAACAUUUUUCUAGAUUUGGUAUUGUUUCUAUCAGAAGCUGGUCUGACCCGAGUCCUCGGGCUGAACCAAACCCGACCCUGCGGGACAGUUAGUCAUGUUGUAGCUGCAGCUCUCACCCCUCGGUUCUGGUGGCUGUUGUGAUCCGUGUGUCUGGAAUAAACCUCAUGAAGACCCAG